AUGGUGAAACUUGGGUCAUUUAGCAAGAUGUGCCGCCCUAAUGGACUCGGUGCCGAAGGAGGCAGCGGCUACGAGGAGUGCGGCUACACGGACGGCAACCACAACGGCGGCGGAGGCGGCGCGCCCGCCGGACAGAGCCAGAGCACCGACCUGCACCAAGCCGAUCCGCCCGUCACGCUGCGGAAGGAGUUCGCGGCGCUACGCGUCCAACUCCACCUCAUCAAGGCCCUUGACAACCCGUCCUGCCUCGGGUACGGCGCCGCGGGGAGGCCGUGCUCCAUCGGGGCCAACCGCUUCCUCGCCCACGUCACCGACGGCGGCCUCCACCACUACGAGGAAAGGCCUCUUCCCGCUCUUCCACUCCCCGUCCUCGGAGUUCACCGCGCACCGUUUCCGGGUGCUAUGGUGCCUGUGGUGGUUCGUUUGAUCGUUUUGUUGCAGGUGACCAUCUCGCCAGAGCAGAAGCCGAAGGGCCUGGUGUCCGAGCGCACCAGUGGACUUGUUGCUCAAGGAGGAGGAUGCUCCGAGGACUACAUCAUCGGGGAAUGCAACUACAACGACGGCGGAGGCGGCGUGGGCUACUUCCGCGACGGCGACCGCGGGCGCGCCGGACAGAGCCAGCGCAUCGAUCCACACCAAGCCGAGCCAGCCAUCACGGCCGCCGCCGCCGCGCUGCUGCGGAAGGAGUUCGGCUUGCUACGCGUCCAUAUCCGCCCCAUGGAGACCCUUGACCCAUCCCACCUCGCGUACGGCGCCGCGGGGAGGCCGUGCGCCAUCGGGGCCAACUGCUUCAUCACCCAUCUCACCGCCGGCGGCCUCCACCACUACGAGAGCGGCGGCCACAUCCCCGCGAACGACGGCGGCGACUCUCUGUUCACCGCCGGCGCGCUGCCGUUCGACACCAGGAAGUUCGAGGCCAUUGUCAUUCUGAAUACGACAAAAGUAAGGGUUGGCAGUACAAUGUGUUGAUCAAGCACGCCGCUGCGAACAUCCUUCUGCAGCGGAGGAUGCUCUUGGCAGGCUACCCCACGGACAUCCGGGCGGAGGCGCUGCAGGUCCUUGACAUCGUGGACGACAUCUUCGUCGUAGAUGUAUCUUCAACAGUUCCCAUUGAACCCUUGCUACUGAUUGACUUCGUUCAGAAGAUUUUUAAGAUUGAUAUCUUGAAUGGAAAGUUCACUAAAGCUGAAUAUGCUAAGCUUUUGAAGGCCCUCAGUGACAUGAGAAUUGAAGGUACAAACGAAGUAGUAAUCCAAAACUACAGAGCUGUUGGGUUGUUGUCGUCCUCGAAUUGUAUUAAUGAUUCGAGUUUCGAAUCACCUCCUGGACCCAUGAAAAAGUUCAUAGAUGAUUCUAGAGAAAAAUACAAUCUGGAACUGAAGUACAAGUUUCUCCCAUGCCUUCAAGUUUGCAGUGAGCAGAAGAUGAAAUAUCUUCCUAUAGAGGUUUGCAAGAUAGUUCCCAGACAGCUUUAUCAGAAGAAGCUGGAAGCCAGUCAGGUCGCAAGUGACUUAUCUGAUUGAAAGCUUCCAAUAUUCAUUGAACGCUCAGAUAAAGUGGAAGAUGACCUUCAUUUGCGGUAUGGAGAAUCUCGGAAUGAGG